CUAUCAACAUCACCAGAACAAACAAACAAACAAAUAAAUUAGCAAUUCAGACCGACCGACAGACAAAUAUUUAAACACUCAGACAGACAAAUACUUCAAAUAGACAUUACGCGACAUGUCUAAGAACUCAUUUAAAAGACAAAAAGUAGUAACCAAUAAAUCAUACGAACCAUUGGUGCCCCCUACAAAAUAUGAACCAUCACCAGCUUCAUUAAAGAAUUUCCCAUCAUCAAUAAUAAAUGGAGUUACAGCCGAAGGAGGAUUAUUCUCCUUAACAUUUAAAUCGGUAACCACUGCUACAUAUGUUGAAUCAGCAGAUGUAAUGCGAAAAGUUGUGUUUGGAUCAAAUCCAUCUCAACUUUCACAAAUAACUACUGAGAAAUUUGAUAGUGAAAGGGCCAAACAAACAAUUAAAGAUUUACAACAACAAGUAUCACAAUUAAAUCAAAAGAUUAAUGACUCACUGUUAUCACAUGAUGUACUGUCAUUAAAUGAAGAAUUACAAUUGGCAUUAGAAUCAAAUGAAGAUCUUGCUCGUAUUGGUAAACGUUUAUUAGUAGAUUAUGAAAAUUCAUUUCCUGGUAAAACAAUUAAACUUAGUGAUGAAGCUUAUAGUGAAGUUAAAGAUUUAAAAUUACCAAAUUUAAAAGUAGAGAAAUUUGAAGAUGUAAAGAAUAUUGAUCUUACUCCAUAUCAAAGAGUUUCUUCAUCGGUUGAACCAAUAGAAACUGCACCAGUACAAACCCAAGUACAAACUCCACCAGUACAAACUCCAGUACAAACUCCAGUACAAACUCCAGUACAAAUUCCUAUUACUACUGAUACUAAUAAUGAAUCAUAUUCUCAAAACACCGAUCUUGAUUCAUCCGUUCAACUUCCAGUAGAUACUGCUCCUCAACAGAAUGUAUGAAUAAGUCAUAUAAAAAUAUUACUUAUAUUUAGCUUUUGU